CAUUUUGGAAAGUAAUCAAACAAAAUGUGGUUUGCCUUUAAACGAAAACGAACGAGAGCGGCAAUUUCAAUUUCAUGCCGUUUAUUAAACCUAUGACUUGAAUGACUGAAUGCCUGAACAGCGGCAAUCUGUCUGCUCUUUUAAUGAGAAACUACAGAGAGAGAGCGAUCCGAUCAGGGAACUGAGCAACUGGCAGUUGGCACUUGAUUGCCUCGAUCUCGACUAGAGUCGGCCAGAAGAUAUAAAUAAGGAAAGGCAACGCACGCGCGUAUUAAUUGUUGGCUGUUCUAAACGGCCAGAAGUGCAUCGCAUAUUACGCAUACGCAGCGUGGCCAGUGAUAAGUGACCAAAACUGGCUCAAAAGUAGCAGUUAGAAGUGACAAUGGAUCAAAAAACCACUGGACUACGCGAAAACUAUGGCCAUCGCCGUCAGCCGGCCUUGGGCAAGGCCAUGCCAGUGACAGCUCUUUUGCUGAAUUUGGAGUCCAAUCCUUUGGAUUACAGUAGGAGUGACAAUGGAGCCGAGCUGCUGGAAGAGGAUGACAAGCCACCGCAAUUGUUUAAUGUUACGGAUGAGCCACCCUCGCCCAACGAAGACGAUUACAAGCCACCCAAUCAUUACGAGGACGAUGGAAAACUGGCUGGUGAUCGACACAAGGAGAUACCCUGUUCGAAUUGCCUCCGAACGGCACCCGGCCAUCUGACCGAUCGCCAGUCGGCUAUCAAUGAGAUGUGCCAGCGCCUGUGUGGUCCCGAAUGCAGACGUCCACAAGGUCUCACGUUGGAUGGUGUGCGUCAGGAUUUCCUCAGGCAGUACGAGAUCGCGGAAGCUGUGGCCAAGACCUCGGCCAUGACCUCCACCGUUCAGAUGAAACAGCGCCUGGCGGCGCGAAAACUGGAAUUCGAAAAGGAAAUGGAAAUGGACGAACAGCUGGGCGUGGCCAGCCCCCGUAUCGAUAUCAAUCUCGGGCAGAGCAGUUCCGCCGCUGCAACUGGAAUGGGAGAGUUUGAGUUCGAGCCGCCUCGCGAUUUGCUCUUGUAUCUGGUGAGGUGAGAUACUCGUUUCUUACAGGGGCCAUAUAUGCCAGAUACCAUAACCAUAGGCUGUAGCGCGGCUGUCGCGCUUAUAAAUCAAGUUCAUGGCUGGCAGCGUGUCAAGUGUUCUUAGCCAUUGGCCAGGCCUCAAAGCCACUUAGCGGCAAUCAACAAUAACGACAACAACACCAGCAGCAACAACAAGUGAUCCCCGAGAGCAACAAAAACUAACCUUGCACAAUUUGCGCGAAAGUGAUCAUGACAAAACUGACAGUAUACGAGUAUAUAGGAAACACAGAUGGGGCCGCGUCUCUUUGACAUUGCCAUACUGACACUAAAUAUAAAACAUUUCAAGUUAUCCUAAUAUCUAACCAAG